CCCGAUAAAAGUUCACGAAGUUACUCGUAGUUCUAGUUCGUAGUCUGGUAGUCUGAUUGAACUUGCGGUGAAGUUACAACGCAUUCUGACUCUUCAGGAGUUAUUAAACAAAUUAAUUUUGUUCAUAUAUUCAAUUCUGUGCUCUGACUUAGUUCGCGCAUCAGAAAAGACAAUUUCUCGUAAUGGACUCUCUUAAAAAGAACUGGUUUACUGAGGCAUGCGAAUUAUGGCCGGGAGGCACGUUUUCGUUCGAAGUGAAGGAGGUUCUUUGUGAUGAGAAAUCUGAAUACCAACAUGUUCAAGUUUUUGAUACUACUAGUUUAGGUAAAGUUUUGGUACUGGAUGGGAUAAUACAGUGUACUGAGAAAGACGAAUUUUCUUAUCAGGAGAUGAUAUCAUUCCUGCCUUUAUGUUGCCACAAAAAUCCUGAAAAAGUACUAAUUGUGGGCGGAGGUGAUGGUGGAGUAGCUAGAGAAGUUGCCAAGCAUCCCAAAGUUAAACAAAUUGUUCAGGUGGAAAUCGACGCAAAAGUAAUAGAAGUAUCAAAGAAACACCUCCCAUUCAUGGCCGUAGGCUUCGACAGUCCAAAGCUGACGCUGCACGUCGGCGACGGGUUCGAGUUCAUGAAGCAGCAUAGCGCAGAGUUCGACGUGAUCAUCACCGACAGCAGCGACCCCGUCGGCCCGGCCGUCAGUCUUUUUCAGGAGAAUUACUUCAGCUUGAUGAAGAGUGCCUUGAGGGAGGGCGGGAUUGUGUGCUCGCAGGCGGGUACUAUUUGGAAUGAUUUGGAACUUGUUAGGAGUACGCUAAGCCAUUGCAGAAAACAGUUCCCCUCAGCGGCCUACGCCUACGCGUCAGUACCGACCUACCCGUCCGGCCAGAUCGGGUUCGUAAUCGGCUCUCUCACCCCCAACGCGCGCUUCGAAGUUCCCACCAUUACCUUUACUAAAGAAGAGGAAGCCGCCAUGAAACUGAGGUACUACAACUCAGAGGUGCACAAGGCUGCGUUCGUGCUGCCGACGUUUGUUAAAUAUCAGCUCGCGUAGGUACUUAACUCGGAACGGGUCUAGUUAACGGUACAUUUAAGCAUAGUAAAAGUGUAACUUCAUUGUAAACAUGUGACACUUCAUAGUAAGUUAUUUGUAAUGAUAGUGCUCUUAAUGCGAAAUACACACUGCAUCGCAUAUAUACUCAAAGUUAAUGUAAGUCAUGUGCAUAGCCUUUAGUUUUCAAGCUAAGCCAGUUUGAAAUUCUGUUGUGUAUUGUAUUAGAAACCGCAAACCGGAGGCGCCAUAAAAGGUUCAGAAGGCUAUUUAAAGUUUCUCUAUUAUAAUCCUUAUGGCCUUUUUUUACGUUGGGGAAAUGCGUUUACACAUGCCGCCUGGUCUGGGGCAACCAAAGGGGAUGACGGACUAACCAGUGGAGGACUACCUUCUAAAACCACCAACGAGUGCCGACUCCGCCUUAGAUGUAUUCGAGCGCGUGAUAAUCCUUAUGGCCCUAGGGAGUAGAUACAGAAUGAACAGUAUAAACCAGCGGUAUUUUUUACCUGCUAAAUUAGCGCGUGGUGGCCUUUUUGGUCCAGUACCUACAGUUAAAUAUGUUCUUAAUGCUUAGGGCUAUAGAGAUGAUAAAUAAAUAGCAUUCUGAACCUGGUUUUGCGCCGCCGGUUUGCGGUUUCUAAUACAAUAAAUAGACAAUGGAAUCCCCAACUAUAUUUCAGCUUGAAACCUAAAGACCAUAGUUUCGUAGCGUGUGCCGUGGGAAACAAGAAUUUUAUAAGUACCCACUCUACUAACUCUUAAGUAUGAAAUAACAAGUAUUUUCUCUCGGGCAUGAACAGUUUUAUUAGAACAAAAUCAAAUGUGAAAUACCCUAGUUUUUAUACCUAACUAUUUGGUAAUAGUGAAUGCAAUAAGGAAAGGCAUUUCAUUCUGUUGUUGUUGUAGAUGUUUUCACUGUUGGCUAAUUGUUAAUUUUUACUUAUUUAUUAAGACAUUCAAAUGUAAUGUGUCUUCGUGCUCCAUGCAAAACUUGGUUCAUGGAGCACUUAUUUUUAUAGUAGGUAAACCUAUCUAAAAAUAUAUAUAUAUUUUUAUACAACUGUUCGAAAUUGUUCCAUAUCUUUGAAAUAUAUCGGUACGAAGUACCAAUAUACUUUAAUAGGGCUAAGGUUAUAUUACAAUUUAAGACUGAAUGUUAUAAGACCAUACCUAAAUAUUUGUACGUUUGAUAUUUGCGAGAACGCUUCUGAAGCUUGUCUCAUUUCCGACAUUCCAUGUUUUUAAUGCAUUUACACUAUUGGGAAACAUUUUCUCAAAAUCUAUAGAAUACAAUAUUUUUAUACAUAAUUUUGUAUAUUUAUAAAACAUUUAUGUAAAAGUUACAUCGAUAACAAUAAAUUAUAUUUUUUA